GCCCAGAACCGAAGCUCCAGACAAGUGCGUAACCAACCGGUAUCCCUUCAUACGUUUUCAAGCACUUUUCUCGAACCGCUGCUACGGCACCGGUAACAGCGUUGAGGGGCAGGUGAAAAUCCCCUGCCAUCGUGACAGAUCCCCGCAGCCUACACUUGCGGCCUUUUCCUAUCCGUUGCUCGACCGUAUUACAUCGUUAAAUUUUCGUGCUAAAAUCUCCGCUUUUUGCAGGGAGUGGUGUCGUGGGUAGCAGAUUUGUUAGGGACCACCCAGAGUGGUCCCCGUGUACUUACUAAUACAUUUAGUCUUGUGGUAUCAUACCUACCGUAGGAAACAUCGUCCCCCAUUCCGGAUAUGAUAUACGGUAUCAAUUACCUGAUAAGAUCCAGAUCUGAUGCCCCUUUCGGGAACAGAGCAUCUACCGGUGACGGAGUCGGGACGGCAACCCCUCAGCUGCAUCGAACACCGGUGCACGUCACACCAUCCUCAACACUCUGCGAUAACCGCUGAUCAGAUUAUAAGAUUUCACGGAAACCCCACAGCUAACCUUCCCGUUAUCAGCUCGGAAGUUAUCGUAGUCUUCCCGCCGACCGCCAAUAUGCCUACUACUCUCUCGACUCUCGUUCACUCCGGGCCUGUCCAUCUCCUCGUCUUCGGCACCCUUUUGGGAUCUCAAUUCUACCAGGUGAGCCGCUUGUAUCGCCUGCCCCCCCCACGCAGAAGCUAAUUCCCGUCUAGUCAUUUAUAGGUGGAGUAAUGGCCUACAAAGCUCUCCCCCGCCCCCAAUUCUCUCAACUCCAACAAAAGAUCUUCCCAGUCUACUUCACCCUCCAAACCGUUCUCCCGGCCGUCCUCCUCCUAACUCAUCCCUCCAUAUCGCCAGCCUCCCUCAUUAACCCCUCGUCCCCACAUUUCUACAAUACCGGGCUUCCCCUGCUCAUUGUUCUCGGUGCCUCUCUUGCCAAUCUGUCUGUGAUUGGUCCGGCCACCACAAAGAUUAUGCGCGAGCGUAAGAUUCAGGAGACCAAGGAGGGGAAGAAAUAUUAUGAUGAGGGGCCCAAGAGCGAGAAGAUGGCUGCGUUGAAUAAGAGGUUUGGAGCGAUGCAUGGGGCCAGCAGCUUUAUUAACCUGGUCGGAUUGUUGGCGACCGGCUGGUACGGUGUUGUUCUUGGGAAUAAAAUCAGGUGGUAGCCUGACUGAGCUUGUUUUUUUGAGCUGGGCGCGGGCAAAAAGGGCUGGGUCGAAGGGGUUUUAUCGGGAGCGUGCAGUCCCAAUUGAUGUGCUAUUACUGAUAUCACGUUUGUAUGAUAUGCUAUGAAAUGUAGGACUUGGUGGUUUACUCCCAUGCUCUUGUCGCGAUGCGGUAUUCUGCUAUUGAAGUACCGCCGGUGGCAUUAUUUGAUCCUUGAAUACCCCCGGGUUCAGUAUUGGGAUGAAGGGAGCGGGGUUACUCGAGUACUGGUAAAAAUAAACCGAGGCUUGGGACUCAAAUUUAUGGACCCCCCUUAGAAAGCCUAAAGGGGUUCAGAAAAUAACGGUACGGGUAAGAGAUAAAAAUAAAAAAAAGCAAUGAAAGCCUACUGGUGAUCCCCUUGUUGCCCUCAACACUACCACCCGCAUACCGUACUAUCGGUACUCGAGUACCGGGACCGGUGCCGGUGUCUCUGCUCCACACAGUUACCUCAAGUUGAGGUGCAGCUACUCGAGUACGGGGAGGGACUACAAUACAGUAUGGGCUAACACAGAGAAAGCCCCCCCAAAAAACAGCCAGAACCAGCCUCGGUGAAACACCCCCACUUAGUCACGCCAAGGCCUUCUUCGUAACAUUGCCCAGAUCGGAUUCCGGGACGGCGCCUGCCAGUGUCGAGUUGUACGGAUAGAUCAGUGCGGAGACGGUACGCGCGGUCGCGCGAGGGGUGAAUC